AUGAAUUCGGUGGCCUUCCAUGCCACCCAUCUCUACUACGGCACCACCCUGAGUGGUCUGGAUGAACACAACCUAUCGGCUAUAAAUUCAGAGCCCUUGACGAAUGGCGAAGGCAGUAAUAAGGCAAAGGCAACUCCCGGAAGAGAGGUUUUCACGCUUCCGCAAAACAACAAUAAUGACAACCAAAAAUGGACCGCCGUCUACGUCUACAGCGACGUGGCGGCAUGGAUUCCGGCUGCGUUGGUGAAACAAGAAGGAACCAAUGCGUGGGUGAUGGUUCCCAAUUUUCCCAAUGAACAGAGCAUGAUGCAAGUGGACGAAAAAUGGAAGAAGAAUGCUCUGACCGAAAUGAUUGACACGAGUGGGUACGAGAAUGGGAUCUUGCCACUCCAAAAUGUAGAUCAGCACAAAGGUCAUCUCUGUGAAUGGGGUGACAUGGUAGGAUUGCCCUAUCUUCACGAGGCUGCCAUUCUGUACAAUCUCAAAAAACGACAUUUGGAGGAAAAACCCUACACCAGAACAGGCGAUAUUAUGAUUGCACUGAAUCCGUAUCAGUGGCUGACUGAACUCUAUACCAACGAAACCAGAAUGCUCUAUGCCCAAGAAUUGAUUUGGAACGUUUCCGACAAGGAUCCCCGCGAACACCUCGAACCCCACGUUUACGAAGUAGCGGCGCUCUCGUACAAGGGUAUGGCCGUGGAUGGACUGGAUCAAUCCGUGCUGGUGUCGGGAGAGUCGGGAGCCGGAAAAACUGAAACGGUAAAAUUGUGCAUGAACUUUGUGGCCAGUGUGCAUGACACUACGACUGCUGCUGCAAGCGGGACCAAUAAUACCAUUGUGCAACGCAUUCUUGAUUCGGCACCCAUGCUGGAAGCCUUUGGGAAUGCCAAAACGCGACGCAAUGACAAUUCCAGUCGCUUUGGCAAGUACACACAAUUGCAAUUGGAUCGGUCAUUCUCCUUUGCACAGGCAUCGGCGCAAUUGGCCGGAAGCAAAAAUGAAGUCUACCUGUUGGAAAAGAAUCGAGUCGUAAGUCAUGCGACGGAAGAACGAACCUUUCACAUAUUUUAUCAACUACUGGCGGCACCCGACACGGUCAAGCAAUCCAUUUGGGAGGGUCUGGUCGGUACAACCAACGAGUCCUUUGCCUACGUGGGCCCCACCACCUGCGAUUCCAUUGAAGGAAAGACGGACGGCGAGCGAUUUGAAUUGGUCACAAAAGCGUUGAACUUGCUCGGCAUUCAAGGAGGCUCCUUUGUCACAUUGAUGCGAUGCAUUUCCAUUGUCCUUCAAUUGGGCAAUAUUGGAUUCCAACCACUUCCGGACAAUGAAGAUGCCGCUCAAAUUGCAACAAUACCCGAAUUCGAGGCAUUGGCCGAACUCAUGGGAAUUUCACAGGAGGAUUUGACGGCUGCCUUGACCAAACGAACCUUUUUGGCCCGAGGCGAACUCAUGACCGUAUUGCUCAAGGCGGAUCAAGCCAAAGAUAGCUGUCAUGCCCUCGCAAAGGAAAUCUACGGCCAAGCGUUCCUGUGGCUCGUCAAAGAAAUUAAUGCGGCUACCUGCGCCGAAAACAACUACAAGCCAGACGGUGGAGCUCCUUCUUCCUUUGGAAUCAUUGGCUUGUUGGAUAUCUUUGGUUUUGAGUCCUUUGACACCAAUCAAUUCGAACAGAUUUGCAUCAACUAUGCAAACGAAAAACUACAACAAAAGUUCACAGAGGAUAUCUUCAGAUCAGUGCAAAAGGAAUAUGAAGAAGAAGGUCUCAACUUGGCGGAUAUUGCCUAUGACGACAACUCUGCCAUUCUCAAGUUGAUUGAAGGGAGAGGAGGGAUUCUGGACCUGCUCAACGAAGAGUGCAUGCUACCCAAGUCCAACCCGAUCAAUUUUACAAAGAAAGUCAGGACGCAACUCUCGUCAUCACCUCAUCUCGACAUGACACCUUUAGACCACGUGACCUUUCGAAUCAAACACUAUGCCGGACCCGUGGAGUACCUGACAGAGAACUUCAUCGAGCUGAAUCGAGACAGUCUUCCGGCCGAUCUCAAACGAUGCGCAUCCAGUUCUACCAACGCCAUUAUUGCUCAAGAAUUCAAGGAGCCGCAAGAAACGAGGGAUGAGCUGGAAGGGAGCAUGCAGCGAACAAACCCGAAACGGGCGAAGAGUGGCAUGACCAACGAGACUUUGAGCUCGAGAUACCGCACUCAACUGUCGGACUUGAUGAAGGAUCUGAGGAAGACACAGUCCAGAUACAUUCGCUGCAUCAAACCCAACACGUUGAAGAAGGCCAAGACUCUGGAGCAUCAGACCACGGUGGAGCAACUCCGCUAUGCUGGAAUCAUUGCAGGAAUCACCAUUUCCAGGUCAGCAUUCCCCAACAGACUACCGAAUACAACGGUUUUGGCCCGGUACAAGACAAUGUGGGAUAAGAAAAAGUUCCCGUCCAGUUCCCAAAUCAAUGACUCUGAUGACGAAAAGCGUCGCGCAGAUUGCAUUGCGAUGCUGACGGGACUGUUGGAGCACAUGACGACAAGAGACAAGAGCGGAAAGGAAGUGAAAGCAUUCGUCGCCGGCAAAACCAAGACGUACUUUCGCGGUGGAGCGCUAGAGUUCCUGCAGUCACAGAGACUGAAUGCGUUUGAUUCCUUGGCAGCGACAAUUCAAACUGCAGUCCGAGCUUGGAUCAUUCGCCAACGUUACAAGGCACGACGACAACGAGCUGCCGAGUUCCGACGCGAGAUGAAAGUGUACUAUGAUGAAAUUGCUGCUUUGAAGGCACAAUUGCAAGAGGAACCUGCCGAGGAAUUGGCCGCACUCAAGGAGCGCGCUCUGAAGGCGCAGACCGACACGAAGGACUUGAAGCGCAAGAUUGACAUCACCGAAAAGAGUGAAGCCAUGAAAAUCCAGCAGGAGUAUGCUGUCGUGCGCAAGGCGCUGGACGAAAAGCAGGCAGAAGAAGAUAGAUUGAGGAAGUUGAACCAGCACAUUGAUUCGGCUUGUCAAGAAUUAGAAAAGAAAGCGGAAAAGCUACGAAGUGAGAACAAAAAAUUGGAAUCCGAGAAGGAAGAAAAGAAGGAACAGACCAAGACGGCCAAGGCUGGCAGCAAGAACUACAACAGGAUGCGGCAAGAUUUGGCUCGAAUCGAAAGAGAGAACAAAGACAUGGAACGUGAACUGAAGAAAAAGAAACUGCAGCAUAUGCAGGCAGAGAAGCAGAGAUUCGAUGUGCGAACUGGCCUUCUCAAGCUUUUCAAUUUCAUUGGUUCGGAGUGCAAGGACGAGGCUUUAGUGGAUGAAGUCUUGACCCUUGGCCGCUCCCUGGGCGAAAAAACCCAGGCGCUGGUGGGCAGUCUGCCCGAGAAAUCUCUACUUCGGUAG